AUGCCGGGACGCUUGCGCCGAGUGACCGUCUAUGAAACUGGCACCAAGUUUUACAUUGUCGGCAGCGAUUAUAGCCGGAAGAAGUUCAAUUUGCUGAAGAUAGAUCGGUUGGAAUCGAAGGUCCUACUCACCGGCGAGCCAGAAAAUGACUACACCGAAGCGGAAAUUAUGGAAUUAUUGGCCACCGUGUCCGAGGGAAGCUCGACGGUCGAUGGUCUUCUACCGAACAGCGCCGAAGAGCAGCGGUACGUGAAAAUAUUCCAAUCUGUGGAUUUGUCGACGGAUUUCUAUUUUUCCUAUACCUACGAUUUGUCCAGGAGCUUACAGGAAAAUUAUCUAUCGAGCGAUUGGAAGAAGGGUGGCUUUAAGAAGAGCUCAGCGGAUACGAGAUUCGUUUGGAAUGGGUUCCUGCUCGAGCCAUUGCGCCAGAACGCUAUCAGCGAGCGAUGGAUGGUGGAAGUAAUUCACGGAUUUGUCGCCCAACAACUUGUCGAGCUACCACUCACGCAACUUUCAUUGAUCCUGGUUGGCCGGCGAUCAGCUCGGUAUGCUGGAACGAGAUUCUUGAAGCGAGGCGCUAAUCUGAAAGGUGAUGUGGCAAACGAUGUGGAGACCGAGCAAAUCAUCUGGGAUCGCGGCGCGCCACAGAGCUGGAAAGACGGCCGUUUUACGGCAUUUGUACAGAGGAGGGGAUCGGUUCCGUUGAGAUGGUCCCAAGACCCCUCAACCCGAGGCGUUGUCGGAAAACCCUUGAUAAUGAUAGACAUCCACGAACCGCAUGCCCAGACCGCUGGCGCUCAUUUUCGCGAGCUGUUGAAAAAAUAUGGAGCACCCAUCGUCGUCUACAAUCUCGUGAAAAGGCGUGAGAAGCGACGUCACGAAUCUCUACUUCACGAACAAUUUUUGAGGACGGUAAAUUAUCUGAACCAAUUUUUGCCUGACGAAGAGCAAAUUGCAUACGUGGCUUUCGAUGUGGCAAGGUGCAAUAAGAGCCCUGAUAUGAACGUGCUGUCGAUGCUGAACGAUACGGCGAUGAGGGCCGUAUUGGCCCAUGGAUGGUUCCAAACUUUCAAAAUCCCACAUCGACAAGAGCUGAAUCCGCGGGAUGUCUUCCGAAACUUUCAACCAAAAUACGUCGAUCCGGGCGUGAUGCUGCAACGUGGGAUUUCGCGCACAAAUUGUGUCGAUUGUCUUGAUCGAACGAAUGUGGCUCAAUUUGCAAUAGGAAAAGCCGCGCUGGCUUGUCAGCUUUUCGGCAUGGGGCUUUUGGACGAGCCGUUCGUUGACCUGUCAAGCGAGCUCUGCCGUGCGUUUGAGGAACUCUACGACUCGCAUGGAGACACCCUGGCUUGGCAGUAUGCUGGCAGUCAAUUGGUCCACUCGAUAAAAACUUAUAAAAAGACGGCGGCUUUACAGGAACGUUCCCGUGACGUCCUGCAAACCCUCUCGCGAUAUUACAGCAACACGUUUGGGGAUUACGAUAAACAAGCGGCAAUCAACUUGUUCCUGGGCAUUUUCAGACCUCAAAUUUCUUGCCGAUCAACCCUCUGGGAAUUGACGUCCGACUACUAUCUCCAUUUCCCGACUAACCGACGGGUCUUGACGGACUAUUGCGCCUGGAUGUAUGAUACAGAGGAACUCGAAAAAAUACUGGAGGAAUACGAAAUAAUCGACGAUGGGGCUCCUCCAAAAGCGAAGGGCGGGGAUGAAGCCCCAACCGAUCCAAUCGCCGUGUACUCGAUAGUUUGCACAAAUUCGGAAACCGAGUUCGACGUCUUCCACCGAGCCUUUGAGCUCGAACCGCUGGAAAAUAAGAAGAACCAGAAAGCCUACUUUGAGACGAAGAAAAUUACGAUUGGUGGGGUCAAUGACCCAGUAGCGUCCACUGGAAUGUUUUGGACGAAGGGAAAGUCCGAAGGCAGUCCGGUCCCUCAGAAAAAGCCGAAGUCGAAAAAGGACAAGAAGGGCGCGCUAACAGACGAAGAAGAGGAUGAGAAUGACGAUGAGAGCCAACGAGCAACAAAGGAAGAGACGGUAGUGAUGGAGCCGGCCUUCAACCGUUUGUGUCCACCACAACCUGAAGCGACUGGUUGCGCCCGGAGCGCUGAUGACAAAUCCGAUUCUACCGUACUGUUCACGGGACUACGAACCCGGAAAUCAGUAUAUGGAAUCGAUCGGUUGGAUCCGGCACAAAAUGACGCCGAUCACUACACGCACUAUGUCGAGAGAGCCGGAAUUGUCGUGGAUCCAGAGGACUGGGUGAAGAAUAAGCCGACGCUCUUGACGCAAAUCCGCCUACCGGGCGAGUGCGGCAACGUCCGGCGGAUGACGUCCAUUUUCACCACCGACAACGCCAUACAUACCGAGGUCCCGGAGGUCUCCGCGGCUUCUCGACAAUUCUACGAGCUAUCCGCCCACCCUGCAGCUCGAUUGCCCUCUCCAAAAGAUUGGAGUAUCUUUACGGCCUAUGGA